UGCCACGCGACGGCUGUUAUGAUUACAUGCCUCCACAUGAGAAGUUUUAUUUAUCUUUUUUACACCGUCGGAUGCCGUAUUUAUUAAUUUAUUUUAUUUGCUAUCGUGUUAAAGAGCUUGUUUUAGUGCGGAGGCCGAGUUUGAUGCGACAGCGCUCAUAAUGCAUGAUGAAUGAGUAUUCUGUUCAACAGGAAAAUGAAUUAGAAGCGCUUUCAUCGAUAUUUGGAGAUGAUUUUAAGGAUAUCAGACCAGAAGAUCCAUGGAAGGUCAGGCGACCUCCUGAGGUUUAUCUCUACCUGCGACCUCAAGGACUCGGUUAUGGACAGACGAGUUACGUGUCAGUGGAGCUGCUGGUCAAAUGUCCACCAACAUACCCAGAUGUGCCUCCAGAGCUGGAGCUGAAGAAUGCCAAAGGUCUUUCCUACGACAAACUGCAGAAUCUUCAGACGGAGCUCAAUAAACUGGCCAAAGACCGCUGCGGAGAGGUGAUGAUCUAUGAGCUGGCAGGUUUCGUUCAGGGUUUCCUGACAGAACACAACGUUCCUCCCUCGAGUUCCUUCCACGAGGAGAUGCUGAAGAACCAGCGGCUGCUGCAGGAGCGUUUGGCUUUGGAGGAACAGCAGAAGAUCGAUCAGCGCCGCAGACAGGAAGAACAGAUGCAAAAUGAGAUACUUGCUGAAAUUCAAAGGAGGGAAGAGGAGAAGAGAGAAGAGAAGAGAAAGAAAGAGAUGGCCAAACUGGAGCGUUUGGAGACUGCAGUCGUGGGGAAAAGGCAAACAUCAGCUUCACCCGUGUCACCAGUGGAUCCCUCUGAAAUAAAGAAAACACUUCAGAGCAGACGGCGAACGACCUCCAGCAGUCGACACAGGCGAGACACAUACAGUGAAGAUAAUCCACGGCAACAGGAAGUCCUGCACUUCAGCAACAGCCUCCUGGGUGAUGUCGUUGUUCACAGAGGGAAGUGCAUAGGCGUGAGUGAGCGUCUGGGUCGCAGUGUGUAUUACGCUUUCAACUCCACCUCUGGGGAUUUUGCCGUUGUGUACGAGUGGAUUCUUCGCUGGAAUAAGACGAUCGGAAAGUUCUUCACCAGCCAAGAGAAAGAGAAGAUUGAGAAGUGCAAAAAGCAGAUUAAUGGUGCUGAGAGUGAGUUGAGCUCCCUGUUGAAGCUGCAGCAUCCGAAUCUUGUGCGCUAUCAGGCCUUGAGCUGCUGCGAGCAUGAAGACUCUUUAGUGGUGGAUCUCCUGACCGAACACAUUCCUGGCUCCAGUCUGGCACAGAACCUCGCCAGCAACACGCCGGUGCCCGUCGACCAACUGCGCCAUUACGCCAUCCAACUUGUCAGUGCUCUUGACUAUCUGCACAGUAACUCAGUGGUCCAUAAACAGCUGAACUCGUCCUGUGUUCUCCUGGACGCUCAGGGCAAUGUGCGUCUCACCGACUACAGUCUGUCGAAGCGUCUGUCAGACGUCUGUAAGGAGGACAUCUUUGAGCAGGGUCGCGUGCGCUUCAGUGAGGACAUGCUGCCCACACGCGCUGGCAAGAAGGGAGAUGUGUGGAGUUUAGGGCUGCUUCUGCUGGCGCUCAGUCAGGGGAGAGACGUGAAGGAAUAUCCUGUGACUGUCCCAUCAAACCUACCAGCUGACCUGCAGGACUUUCUCAACCAAUGUGUGUGUCUUAAUGACGCUGAUCGCUGGCACACCCAUCAGCUGCUAGAUCAUCCGUUCCUGCAUCCUCCAUCACCCAAGAGCAUCCCGCCAUGUCAGGAGUCCAGUCCAGAGGAUACUGGUGUUGAUUUCGCAUCUACGGUUGUUCCGCACAGUCACCUCCUCAGCGCCCCCUUCAGCACGGGUGUGGAAAAACAGUUCUCGCGCUACUACAAUGAGUUUUCAGAGCUGCAGCUGCUGGGGAAGGGAGCGUUUGGUGCUGUUAUCAAGGUCCAGAAUAAACUGGACGGUUGUUACUACGCGGUCAAACGGAUCCAGGUGAAUCCGGCUAGUAAACAGUUCCGUCGGAUCAAAGGUGAGGUGACCCUGCUGUCACGACUCAACCAUGAGAACAUAGUCCGUUAUUAUAACGCGUGGAUCGAGCGUCACGAGACUCCUUCGACCGGCGGUUUAACCAGCGACAGUUCUGAGAUGCAGAGCACCCCCGAACGUCCCGCCCGUCCCGCGGCUCCGUCACGGCAGAAUGAACUGAAUCUAAUGGACAACAUUGAGGACGACGCGCCGCCGCCAGCGCUCGCCAGUUCAGUGGAGUGGAGCACGUCACUGGAGAGAUCAUCCAGUGCCAAAUGUACCGCGGCAGACUCUACAGAUGACGAGGACGAUGAAGAGGAGGAUGUGUUCUGUCCCUCCUUCCUCCCCCCCGACAGCGACUCAGAGAGUGACAUCAUCUUUGAUAAUGGUGAUGUCAGCAGGGUCAGUUUCUUACAGGAGGAGCUCAGCAAUAGGAAAGCAGUGGAUCCAUUAGAGAGUUCAGACUCCGACAACCCCCUCCUGAUCGCACAUUACCUGUAUAUACAGAUGGAAUACUGUGAGAAAAGCACUUUAAGAGACACAAUCGAUCAGGGUUUGCAUCAGGAUGUCAGUCGCCUCUGGAGAUUCUUCAGGGAAAUCCUGGAUGGACUGUCUUAUAUCCAUGAACAGGGAAUGAUCCACCGAGAUCUGAAGCCCGUCAACAUCUUCCUGGACUCACAGGACCAUGUGAAGAUCGGAGACUUCGGCCUGGCGACGGAUCACCCCGCUAAUGUGGCAGCAGGUAAACUGGAGGCAGAAGAAAACACUUCAGGAUUCAUCCCAAAAUCAGAUGCAAAUGAUAACAUGACAGGUAUGGUCGGGACGGCGCUUUAUGUUGGUCCAGAGGUUCAAGGAAACACUAAAGCAACAUACAACCAGAAAGUGGAUUUGUUCAGUCUGGGCAUCAUCUUGUUUGAGAUGUCCUACAGACCGAUGACCACGGCAUCAGAACGAAUCUUUGUGCUCAGUCAACUCAGGAAAGAGUCGAUCAAUUUUCCUGACGACUUCUAUGAGUAUGAGUGUGAGAGUGGAACACAGAGGAAGGUGAUUGGCUGGUUGUUGAAUCAUGAUCCAGCGUUGCGUCCGACGGCCGUGGAGCUCUUGAAGAGCGAUCUGCUCCCCCCGCCGCAGAUGGAGGAGUCUGAACUACACGAGGUGUUGCAGCACACAAUGGCCAACAUCAACGGGAAGGCCUACCGCACGAUGGUCAACCAACUGUUCUCUCAGAACAUCUCACCGGUCAUGGACUUCACAUACGAUAUUGACAUUCACAAGGGCAGUUUUAAUUUCACCAGUGCUAAACUGCAGCAGUACGUGUACGAGACAGUCACCAGAAUCUUCAGAAGACACGGUGCUGUACGUCUACAGACGCCGCUGUUGUUGCCUAGGAACAAGCGUCUGUAUGACGGAUGUGAGACGGCGUGUUUUAUGGAUCACAGCGGUAUGCUGGUGUCUCUACCGUAUGAUCUGAGGCUGGCGUUUGCCAGAUUUGUUGCCAGAAACAACAUUUCACAUCUUAAAAGGUACAGUAUCGAGCGUGUUUUCAGGCCGCGUAAGCUGGAUCGCGCUCACCCUCGAGAGCUGCUGGAAUGUGCGUUUGACAUCAUCAUUCCUAUCAGUAACAGUCUGCUGCCGGAUGCUGAAGUCAUCUACACCAUCUCUGAGGUCAUACAGGAGUUCAGCGCUCUACAGGACAGGAACUACAUCAUCUAUCUGAAUCACACCAGUCUGUUAAAGGCGGUUCUGCUGCACAGUGGAGUACCAGAAGACAAACUCACACAAGCCUCAAAUAUACUGUGCGACAUGAUGAGUGAGAAACUGACGAAACACGAAGUGGAAGCCAAAUUCUGUAACCUGUCCUUGUCCAACAACAGCUUACAGACGCUGUAUAAGUUCAUCGAACAGAAAGGAGAUUUGCUGCAGUUGAUUCCUCUCAUUAACUCACUCACGAAACAGAAGACGUCAGCGGUCGCUCAGAUGGCCAAACAAGGCCAGAAAGAUCUAGAAGAAGUCCUCAACCUGCUGAAGAAGCUGGGAGUUAAACUUCAGGUGGUGGUGAAUCUCGGUUUGGUCUAUAAGGUUCAGCAUCACUGCGGCAUCAUCUUUCAGUUCGUGGCGUUUAUCAGGAAACGCAAACGCACCGUCCCUGACAUUGUAGCUGCAGGCGGACGAUAUGAUCAUCUGAUCAUUGAGUUUCGUGGACCGACUGCAUCUGGUCCGGUACCGUCAGCAGUGGGCGUCAGUAUCGCUCUGGAUAAAAUCUGCUCCGCUGUGGCGAACAUGGAAGAACCGCCUGCGGUCAGCUCCUGUGAUGUUCUGGUGGCUCCGGUGGGUCAGUCUUCAAUGAUCAGAGCGAUUACUGUCAUUCAGAAACUUUGGAGUGCCGGAGUCUCGUCAGAUGUCGUCUAUGACGUGUCGCAGUCUCAGGAGAGUCUUCUGGAAUAUUGCAGACAAGCUGGAAUUACCUUCAUGGUUUUGGUGUCUGAUAAAGAUGGACAUUAUCUGAAGGUGAAAAGUUUUGAGAAAGACCGUCAGUCGGAAAAGAGAAUUCCUGAGGCAGAUCUGGUCGAUCACUUCAUCCAAAAGAGGACCAAACUCUCAGAGGAGAGAAGCAGGGAAAUAUCGGAAAGUGUUUCUCUACAGAAUCCAAAGGCGUCAUUACUGGGAACCUCAGGUUUGUCUGAGUCACACGGGAGCAAUGCCACAAUAUCCGUGAAUGUAAAUCUCGUGACACCUGAGAAAAUCUCGGCGAGUUCCCGCCGGAGGUACGAAACACAGAUCCAAACACGACUGCAGAAUUUAGGCAGCAAUUUGCAGAACAAGAGCAAUGACAUCGAAGUGUUGGCCGUCGAUCUGCCCAAGGAAACUCUCAUCUACUUUCUGUCCCUGGAGUUUGAAAGUGAAGAGAUGUUCAACAUAAGUGUGAAAACGCUGCUCUCUCGCCUCCCCAAACAGCGGUACCUCAAAUCCAUCUGUGAACAGAUUCACCACUUAAAAAUCUAUAAAAGGGUAGCUGUGGUGGUUCUUUACAGCUACAGAGACGAUUAUUAUAAGAUCCUGCUGUGAUUCAAACAUCCACGGCACUUCCUGGAGAACUGAAGGUCAUUUCGAACAAGAGUCGAUGCCAAAGGCUGAUUGACAGACGUUUGUGUUGAUCAAUCAGAGAUGAUCAUGUUUAUUGAUGAGAAAAUACUGUACAGAGCUGAAUUUAAAAAAAUAAAUAUUUUC